UUUAAAUGAGGAAGUCCCAGAGUUAGCAUCGUAUUCUACUUUCGAUUAGACUAUAACUGUGUGAACACAGGCCACGUUUGACUUUUAAAUUAGAAUCAGUCUACACAGUGAUAGACAUAAACUAGAUCUACACACUAACACAGCACUUUUUUCAUUGAGGCUUUACAAUGGGCAAAAGAAAAGGUGGAAAAGACAAACAUUAUUAUAAGAGAGAAAAGAAAUUCAAUCGAGGCAGUAAAGUAGGUGAAGCUUAUGAUUUAGGCAAGAGAGACAAUGAGUUAUUUGCCAAGUUUUACAAGGGUCAAGGUUUUGUUCCAGAAGAUGAGUGGAAUAAUUUUUAUGAAACUUUAAAGACAACAUUACCUGUCACUUUUAGAAUCACAGGCUAUAAAAGUCAAUCAGAAGAGCUAUUGAAAAAUAUCAAAGGGAAGUUCUUCAGCAAUCUCCUUGAUGUGAAAGUAGACGGAGAAGCUCUACCUCCACCUAAACAGUUGCCAUGGUACCCAAAUGAGCUAGGAUGGCAGUUGGAUUUGUCCCGUAAAGUGGUUCGAAGCAGUGAGCAGUGCUCUAAGCUGCAUGACUUCUUAGUCGCAGAAACUGAAUGUGGUUCUAUUAGUCGUCAAGAAGCUGUCAGCAUGAUCCCUCCUUUGGUGUUGGAUGUUCAAUCACACCACAAGGUAUUAGAUAUGUGUGCUGCUCCAGGAUCUAAAACUGCUCAGUUGAUAGAAUAUUUACAUAGCACCGCUCCAGCAGGUGAGCUGCCCACUGGCUAUGUUAUUGCCAAUGACACAGACAACAAACGCUGUUACCUGAUGGUGCAUCAGGUGAAGAGACUCCAAAGCCCUUGCUGUGUUAUUGUCAACCACGAUGGGACAUUUUUCCCUAAGAUCAGGACAAAUAGUGAUGAAAGUAACCCAGAAUACCAGCUGUUUGACCGUAUAUUGUGUGAUGUACCCUGCAGUGGCGAUGGCACCAUGCGUAAAAACUUUGAUGUCUGGAACAAGUGGCACCCCUUGCAAGGUGCUAAUCUUCAUGGGUUGCAGUGUAAGAUUCUUCGUAGAGGAUGUCAAUUACUUGCUGUGGGUGGACGUAUUGUAUACUCCACUUGUUCUUUAAACCCAGAAGAGGAUGAGGCUGUGAUUGCAGAAAUGCUGAGAACCUCUGAGGGGGCUAUGGAGUUGGUUGAUGUCAAAGACAUGCUUCCAGGCUUAAAAUUUACCAAAGGUGUUUCAACAUGGAAGGUGAUGACAAGAGCAGGUGAAUGGAUUGAAUCAGCAGCUGAGAUUCCAGCACCAAUGCAGACACAGUUUAAACACACAAUAUUCCCACCCAAACCUGAGGAAGUAGAGACAUUUCAUCUGGAUAGAUGCAUGAGAAUUUUACCUCAUCAUCAAGACACUGGUGGAUUUUUUGUUGCUGUCCUUCAGAAAGUUAAACACCUGCCUGGAUCAAAGGAAGCAAAGUCAGAAGCUACAGCAACACAAACCUCAGAAGAUCAAAACCAAGCUGAAGAGAGCAAGAAAGAGAGCACUGAAAAUCAAAAUGAAAUAGCUACAGAAGAACAACAGGCAAACAGUGAAACUAACAAUGUUAGAGAAAAAAGAAAAGGCCCAGCCAGUGGAGAAGAACCAAGGCCACCAAAGAAACCUAAGAAAUUACAUGGUUACAAGGAGGACCCAUUUUUGUUUAUGGAGGAAACUGAUCCAGCAUGGAAACCUAUACAGAGUUUCUUUGGUCUGACAGAAUCCUGUGCUGUAAAUCAGAUACUAUUUCGAUCUAUGCAGGGCAAGAGGAGCUUGUAUUUUGUAUCUAAGGCUGUGAGAGAACUGACUAGAUUUAACGAGGACAGGAUCAGGUUUAUUAACAUGGGCGUGAAAGCAUUUAGCCGAAGUCCAUCUCCAUUGGUACCAGAAUGUGAUUUUAGGAUUACGCAAGAGUGUCUGGGGACAUUGCUAAACAACAUCACCAAAAGAAAGGUGUACAUCUCCAAACAGGAUGCUAUUAUUGUUAUAAGCCAGGAGAACCCUUUCAUUGGUAAACUGAGUGAAGAAUCUCAGGCACAGCUCCAUGCUAUGACACCAGGAAGUUGUGUUUUUCUGUUUACUCCAUCUGAAAAGGAGCCAUCUCCUAACUGUGAAGUUUGCUUUUGUGGUUGGAGGGGAAAGAACUCUGUAAGGUGUUUUGGUUCCAGAAGUGAAAGGGCUCAUGCUUUAAUGUUACUUGGGGAGGACUUAAAAGAAAUCAACAAAAAAGUAGAGGCUGAACGUAAAGCCAAGCAACUUGCACAGGAAGCUCAAGGUGAUGUGGACAAAGAACUCAAAGAAGACAAUGACUCCAUGCCUGUAGAUGAUAAUGAUGAGGUCAAAGAAAGCCAACAGAUGGAAGAUGAAAAUGGUGAACAAAUUGAUUUUGUUGAAUCUGACAAAGUUGAUGGUGCUGAUGAAGUUGAAUCUACAGUUUAAAAGUCUUCACUAUUAAUUGUUAGUAGAAUUUAUAAUUAAAAUUUGUAUUUAAUUA